UUGAGAAUAGAGAUGUGACGCUGAAGAGCGAUAUCCAGACACGCCUAAAUCUUCUGACUUAAAGUGGAGCUGAGCUGCUUAUUCAAUCUUCCCUCAAAAUCAAUCUUUGUUGUUGCUGUAAUCCGGCUAUGGAUACUUCUGCUGCUGCUGCAGGUUCAUAAGCCCUAGCAGUUUUUUCGUCACAAAUAUUCAGGAACGGAGGAAAGAAGAAGAAGAAGAGGUGAAGGAGAAAGGAUGCGGUCUGUUUCGCAUAUGGCCUCAAUCCCAAUUUCGAAGGCUCCGGUAGCCAUUGCCGCCGGGACAUUCAACUUCUCAGCUUUCUCGAUUACUGCACAAACUCCGAUCCCCAAAACGCAAGCGAAGCCUGCUCCUAAACGACGCUCUUCGAAACCAACCAAAACUAUUCCCCCAACUCCAACCAUCGCUCCUGCUUCACCCUCGCCUUCCUCGAUUUCCCCGAAAAAGGUUUUGGUUCCAAUUGGUUUCGGAACAGAGGAGAUGGAGGCGGUGAUAAUUACCAACGUUUUGCGGUGUGCCGGUGCAGCGGUGACGGUGGCGUCCGUGGAGGAGCAGCUGGAGGUUGAGGCUUCCGGCGGAGUUAGGCUCGUGGCUGACGCGCUUAUCUCUGCUUGUUCCGAUGAACUUUUUGAUCUCAUUGCAUUACCGGGUGGAAUGCCGGGUUCGGCAAGAUUAGCAGACAGCAAAAUUCUGCAGAAGAUGACGAGCAAGCAGGCAGAGGCAAAGCGAUUGUACGGCGCCAUAUGUGCUGCUCCGGCAGUGACACUUUUGCCGUGGGGUCUAAUCAGGAGAAAACAGACAACUUGUCAUCCGGCUUUUAUGGAUAAGCUUCCCACUUUCUUUGCUGUCAAGUCGAACCUGAAAGUCUCUGGAGAGCUGACGACUAGUCGAGGCCCGGGGACUUCUUUUGAAUUUGCUGUAUCGUUGGUGGGACAGCUCUUUGGCGAGUCUGUAGCAAUGCAAAUAUGUGAUUCUAUGCUGCUAACGGCGGGCGAUGAGAAUUCUAGAAAAGAAGAAUUCCAUGAGGUUUCAUGGUCGCUUAAUCACAGCCCUCAGGUGAUCAUUCCAGUAGCUAAUGGUUCCGAAGAAAUUGAAGUGGUGACGAUAGUUGAUAUCCUUCGACGCGCAAAAGCAGACGUCGUCGUCGCUUCUGUCGAAAAAUCUUUGCAGAUCAUAGCUGCCGGUGGAUCGAAAUUCAUUGCAGACACGACAAUUGCUGCUGCUGCCGAAUCAAUCCAUGAUCUGAUCAUCCUGCCUGGAGGAGAAUUAGGAGCUGAGCGCCUAAAAAAGUCAAAGAUUUUGAAGAAAUUACUAAAAGAACACGAAUCAGCCGGGGGACUUUUUGGCGCUAUUGGAUUUUCCUCUGCAAUUCUACUGAGACACGGAUCGUUAAAGGAGAAGCGAUUUACAGCACAUCCCUCGGUUAUGUCCGCGCUCGGGGAUGGUGCAGUGAUUGGAACUCAAGUAGUGAUUGACGAUAAAUUGAUCACUAGUCGGGGACUUAGUUCUGCUAUACAUUUUGCGCUCGCGAUUGUAGGAAAGCUUUUCGGGGUAGCACGAGCAAGAAGUGUUGCUGAAGGUCUUGUUUUCGAGUACCCCAGUAUGAUUUAGUCGAAAUUAAUUAGCUUAGAAUGGUGUCGAGCUGUUUGCUGAUUCAAUUAGAUUAUACUGCUGCAGCAGUUUUUGCGGAUAGAAAAGAUCUCAUUCUAUACUAUAUUUGGGACUGAGAAUUUUGAGGAUUAUAUGGUAAAGAAAUUUGAAGAAAAAAAUAAAUUAAAGUUAUAUAAAGAGAGUAAUUAUUUGUGAAUUUUUCUUUUUUUGGGUGAUAAUGAUUUAUUUAAUUUUAUUUUUAUUAGCAAGUU